ACGUUCAGUUCGCGUUCGAUUCAAGCGACUUGCUCAAUUCACUUGCCUUGUCUAAACGUAGCAUUAGGGUCACACGUUUUGGCGAUCCUGUCAGUCUAUUUUUUUGGAUCCUGUCGCUGAUUUCAUGAGGUGAGUUGAAUUCAAGUGGCUAAAUUGUGACGAGUGAAAUAUUUCAGUUUGCAAAAUCACAAGGCGCGGCUCGAAGACCGUCGGAAAAUGGCUGUGGUUGAAAAACUGUAUUGUAGUUUGUGAAACUACAAGGUGCGUAUGGAAGACCAACGGAAAAUGGUUUACGAUCUAGAAAUUUUCAGUCCUGCGAGCAUUGAUUUUGAUUAAAACAAAUUUAGAUUUCAUGAAGCCACUUGGCGACGUACUUGAGACUACCAGUUGAGCUAUGAUAUAACGAAAUCUGAGAGAAAUGGAGAAAUAUUCAAUGCUGUACUGUUCGAAACUGUUCGGAAUUUAUUAUACGUAAGAUUAGUUUGGAAUUAUUGGCUAGCAGUACUAGUUGAUGGCAAAUGGUUGAUGGUUUGGAUUUGGAUGGAAAUUGGAUUGGUUUUAGAUUUGGAUUUGGAUUGGAUUUAGAUUUUGCAUUGGAUUCGAUUUGGAUUAGCAUGGAUUUUCUUAUCUUUAUUAGGUUGUUCUUAAAUCUUAUUGAAAAUGAAGUUCAAUACCGCUUAGUUUUGGAUUGCAUUUGGGUAAGCUUGAAUGUUUUUGGAAUAAAUUGUCAUUGUAUUUGACAAACAAAAGAAGGCCAUUGGCUUCGUAAAUUUGUUGUUCUCUAAUCAUCCAUCGAAAGUAUGAAUCACGUUUUAUCUUUCGCAACCCACAGUUUGGGAACCCACACUCUGUAGUUUUCAAUGGAGUUAACCGGUUGCUCAAUUGCAACCGAUGUUCGCCUUUCGUCUCAUUUAAAUAACCCAGGAGAAAAACAAGCAUUGCAUCCUAUGCUAGAAUAUUUUUUUUUUCGUUUUUAGUGAGAGAAGAACGGAAAUGUGAGGUUUGAGUAAAAUGCCUUCAGCGUGUGUUAAUAGAUUCACACAUCAGCGUGUCAAUCGGCGAGCAGCAAGCCAUGACUUUGCCUCUUCUAGUCAGACCUCCGCGGCGUGCACACGCAUCCACGGAGAGUCGCUGUCAUAGCUUCGUUCCGGCCAUUUAGGGUCACACAACUAUUAUUAUUGUGCUAUGAUUACAUGUUGCUAUGAUCAAAGUUCCAUAGGGUCGGGGAGUGCUGCUGAGUAGGCAAUCCUUGCGCACUACCACUAUCACGCUUGAUAAAGCGUACUACCUUUGAAAGCGUAUCACGAUCGGUUUAGCUGUCACUGGUGGGGAUUGAAGGAGAACAAUAAAAAAAAAUCAUAAACAGACUAUAAGGCAUUUUAUGAGACAGAUCGAAACAGCUGUUUUUCUCGUGUUUAUCUUCUUUGACAAUUAGUGGGAGCCUGUUUGUUUGGUAAUUUCGGGCCACCGCGAAACGUCUCAUAAAAUACCUUAUUGUACAGAUUAAAACGACUAAAACGAAACUAAAACACAUUGCAAACAUUUAUAACUACUAUAUUGAUUGACUUGUAAGUAUACUAUACUGAAAUGCACUAAACCAAAUUGUAUUAAACUAAAUUACAUCAACUGUUUAUACAGAAACACAUGAAGUUAUUGGACAUAGUUGCGAACAGUGGACAUACACGAUAAUAGAAGGACUAAAUACAUGGCUGACGACGUCAGAGAUUAGCAACGCACCACACCAGUCCCCAACCGAAAACGGACGCCACCCGCCGGCAACUUUGCGCCUCAGCGCCAUGCGAUGAGUAUGAAUAUGUUCGGCCGGAAUGAUGACCACUCCAAUGCAACUGCAUCAGCUGGACCGUCGCGAUCGCGGUUCGACUACUACUACAAUACCACCUCAUCACCGUCAUCAUCGGUGGAAAAUCAAAGAUCCACGGAUGACACCCAGACCAGCCUGUUCGGUGAUCCCGUUCUGCCGGCCACACGCCAUUCGGAUCUGCUCGAGGGAGGCGAUCUGUAUCAAAGCCUCAAGAACAACAUCGAACUGUACCACUCGAAGCUGUACAACGAGCAGGAGAAGCAACGGCAAGCUGAGCGCGAUCGGUUGUUCAACGAGUACACGGCUCAGCGAGGGUCUUCGUCGGCCACAACGAGCAGCAGUGGGGCGAAAGCUUCACUCGGAAAUACCACCGUGACCAACUAUGGAGUCGACCCGAGCCGGAGGUUCCAGCGGACGCGGUCCGCCAACUUGGGAUUGGAUGCAAUUGGGAACAGACCUAUUCUACAGGACAUGGAUCUGUUGAAGCACAACGAUUGGAUAAACUUCUCAGAGUACGAGUACAAUGAUAGUCUAAUUCCUAAAACGUCACAAGCAGUGGUCGAUGUCCAACAGUUCACCAACAACAACCUGAAUCGUACGAUCGAGAAUGGUGUCUUCCAAAAUCCUCGGGCAGCUGCACUGAAAGCUCGUCGUAAUUCGAUGAGUGACAACUUGUAUGCCCCGUCAACCUUCAGUGGGUAUGAGGUGGUCGACAAGCUGAAACCAUCCACUUUUACCAUCCUGGGUCACGGAAUGAUGGAGCCCCGUUCGUAUGAUGGAUCCGCAAUCUAUUUAGGAGGUUCGGAUGUUACCAAUUCAGCAGAUGCCAUGAGCGUGUACGAACGAAUGUUGCGCUAUCACAAACUCGAUGCAACGAAACCUAUUCUCACGGAUAAGAUCACCACCGGGUCUAAUUUCAGGGUUCCCGAAGGACGCCAACACAAGAAGCCUUCAUUUACAAUCAUUAACGAAAGUCUGCCCAAGUCGAACUCGUUCGACACCUCGUCGGGACUGUUCCUGCCAUACUCAGCCAAACAACAGAUGGUCGGCCCACGAAUAAUGUCGGCCAGCUCUGUUGGAAAUAGUGCCUUCCUAAACAGCCGAGGUCAUCAGCUGAAUCUCACGUCGGAUGACCCUUUUCUAUCAUACCAACGUCGAUUCAGUACCACUUCACAGGUUUCCCCAAAGUCGUUGGGGAAGCGGAGAAAAUCAGUUUCUAAAAAGAGUGCUGGAGCCGGCAAAAAGUCUAAGAGUAAAACAGCCACCAUCAACGUUCCAAACCCCAACCGAAAGCAGAGGGGAGUUCUUGGCAUAUUAAACCGAGAAACUCCAUCCCCUACGAAACAACCAAAUAAUGACAAAAGUGCCAAACUAGCAGUUACCGGAGUGUACGACGACGGACAAUCGUCAACAACGAUGACCGAAACAACCGACACGAUCGACAUUCCAGAACAUCAACUUCGGAACCUGAAAAUGUUCUACAGACCUUUUUCAGUACGACCAACGCUUUCUCCCGUGCCAGACAAAAGCUCUAUGGAAAAUUCGCAAAUCGACUUGGAGAAAGAAAGCUCACCAACGAAAGAGAAGGCCAGCUACUUACGGACGCCAGUGUUCAACAUACGCGGUUUAUUAUCCCCAGGACGAUUGAAAGGCAAGAGCGUAUCACCUACGAGGGCGGAGAAGGGUGGUUUGGCGUCUGUCGGUGCAGCAAUGGGGGCAGCCAUAGCGGCAGUAGCUGUAGGAGACGCCAAGCGUGAGGAUAGCAAAGAGCGUCCAGAACCUCCCAAGCGGAGGGGAUUCAAUCUGGCCAAAGCCAUUAUCGAUUACGGCAAAAAGUCUGACCAGGAAGAGGAGAAGAAAGCCAAAGAAGAGCCAGCCCAACCGAAACCGGACGUUAAACGUGAUGGUCGACGAAAAGACUCGGAAGGAAAUCGUGUGAAAGAUAAGAAGGACAGUCCAAAGAAGAAAACCCCAAAGAAAAAAAGUGUGCCGACGAAAACAAAGUCGAAAAAAGGCGGAGCUAAAGAUGACUACGACGACUAUUACGAGGAAGAUGAGAAACCGAAACGAGGUAUGUUGAGGGGUGCGUUGAAUCUCGCUUCGAGCCUCAGAGGCGGAAGCAAAAAAGGAACGACGAAGGAACCGACAAAGGUCAGCCGAGUGGUAAGUGCGAAGAAAGGCGGCGAAAAAAGUGCAAAACCGGGUACCGGGAGUAGGACAGCAGGUGGAGUCAAAAGCGGAAAAGCUAGUGAAAGGAUUAGUCAACGAGCUGCGGAGAAAAGUGCAAAGGCAGGUGCCAAAACAACUCCAAAAUCAGCAUCUGGGCCGAAGGGAAAACAACUAAGGCGAAGCAGCUCAACUAGCGCUUUGAAUGUAGAUAGCAUUAAAAAAAUGAAUCGAUUGUAUGAGAAGAAUGCAAAAGCAGGAGAUCGAAAUGGUAAAAUGCUUAAGGGAGACAAGAAAACCCGACAAUCAACAGAAAAUCUGCUUAAGAAGGCUGAUAGUAGAGGAGAAUUAAAGCAAAAGACUGGGGCGAAAUCUGCUACGGAAAAAGUGAUAGAAAAACGGGACUCGGAAAAGUCCUUGAAGAAGAGUGACAGCAGUAAGUCUAUUCUAAAGCUGGGAAAAAAGAGCGACUCGAAGGGGUCUCUCCAUGGGAAACGUUCCGAAUCGAAGACUAGUCUUCAUCAGAUUGAAGCGAUGGCAUCGAAGGUUGGCAGUUCAUCAGCAGCUGCCGCGGAUACCCCUGGUAGUGGUGGCGGCCACAAGUCUGAUGUGGAAUCGACAAAAAACACUCAUGAUUCCACGAAUGAAGCACCCACAGAUAGUGGAAAAAGAUCUACCAAACCGACGCCCACACUCAGUAAGAAAUUGCAUAGCAAAGGAUCCUUGCUUAGUUUACUCAGUAUGAAGAGCGCAACUCGUAAGCCGCAGGACGCCGAUGAUUCCGGGGGCAGAGAUUCCCGACCCGGUACCGGUAUGGGCCGAUUGAAGUCAGCGUCGGUGAAAAACAUGUCGGCAAAACCUGGAACACCCACAGGAGCGGAUGGCGAGUUCGGUUCGGACGGAAGUAUCAAGGAGAAACCGGGCAGUACCAAACCGCAGCGUCGCGGUAUGCUGAGCAAGAACAACAGCUCCAUCUCGAUGAAAAGCAUUGUGCACGCGCGGUCGUUUAUCAAUAUCCGGCCGUCGUCGAAUGGUAGCGAAAUGAAAAAGAUCGACUCGAUGCCUCAGAUGGGCAAAGUGCAGGAAGGUUCCCAAGAACACGAGGAAACCGACCACGGUUUAUCGAUGAAGGGAGCCAUAGGAGCGGUAACAACGGCUUCGGCAACGCAUACGAUGAGGGUGGCCGGAGUAGGGGAAGGGGAGAAGGUUUCCAACGAGUACAACGAACAGCGGGCCAAAGGGCAGUCGCCGGACGCGGAUCCGAAGGGUGGCAGUUCGAACGUAAAGGGAAACGAACCAAGUGCCAAUACCGACUCGAUGAUGAUGCAACGACAUCAGGGCGAGGAGGAAAAUAGUGACGAAUUUAACGAGACUGGAAAAUCGAAAUGUUGUACCUGCUGCGGGCCGUGCUGGACCAAGACGUGCCUGCCGUUUAAGCGCUGCUUCAGCUGCAGUUCCUGCUGUGGCCGGUGUCGCGGCAAGGACCACGCGAAGCCGAAGCCGAAAGCCAAGCCCAAAGCGGCGGGCGGUGGUUCCUUCUGGAAGCGGUUGAACUGCUGCCGCAGCUGUCGACGGUCGAAGACGUCCCCGGCGGAAGCGCAACCUCCGGCGGCCACACCGAAGAAAUCUUGCUGGCAGUCGCUGAGCUGCUGCGCCGGCUGCCGGCGGAACAAAUCCAGGGAGCUGGUGCCCCGUUCAUCGAUCGACAGCGAACCUGAGGAGAAGCCGUCCCGAUGUCGGUCCUGCUGGAGCCGACUUCUGUGCUGUAGCCGAUUCCGCAAGGGCAACAAAGUGGUCCAACGACACAAGAUGCAAUCGGAACCGGCCGAAAUGGAGACGGUCAAGUGUUGUUUUUGUUGCAAACGAACGCGGCCCAUAAAGCAGGAGAAACCGAAAAAACCGAAACCGAAGGUUAAGUCCAGUUUCAAUUGUCUGAGCUGUUGCAUGAUGUGCUGUCCUAAGAAGGACGCUAAUGGGAGUCGGAGGACGAGCAAUUUCAGCAAAAAGCAAAGCAUAGCUCCAACGAUACCACCUGAGGACCUGCGACCGAAAAUCGAUAUGUCUUUGGUAGAACACUCAUCUAUGAUGCGAGGGGCUAUUCCUGUACUUCCAAUUUGUCUGGCUUACUUUUGUUUGGUACUCAACGUUGUGAUACCCGGCUCGGGAACCAUCCUGUCCGGUGGGCUGUGCCUUUGCAUUGGAAAACCACGCUUUUCCCAACAUGACUCGAUAAAGGGUCGCAUCGGAUCGUUCAUCAUCAAUUGCAUAGUGGGCGUGUCCCAAUGCUUCACCAUCAUCUUUUGCGUCGUCGGAUGGGGCUGGGCCAUCUGGUGGGGCACCAUCAUGGUGCGGUUGGCAAAACAACACCAACAAAUUUUGGAGAUGGAAGCCGCCCAACAGGAAGGCGAAGAACAAACCACUUUGUCCCAGCAAACGGGAGGAUCCAAUCCGCCUGUUGCACUGGUUUCACAAAAUCACCGGAGAGACGUCGAAACGGGUCGAUAAGCAACAAAGGAAGGUCAUUCAGCUUACUUCCACAGCCUUCCAUCCAACCCCUGAACCCUAACUACCUAUGAAAUUCCUAAAACUCACAACCGCAAUCGAACCACACCAAAACACACUUUUACUAAAACCAGCACGAAACACCACCUUACUUACUCUAUCUACGAACCUUGGAGAAAGUAAACCCGAAUCUCAUUCAGCCCUAAUGGAUGUUGAUCGCCGUUGAUUGUGCAAAAUCACACAACUUUUGUAUCAUAUUUUUAAAAAGGGACGACUCCGCAAUACUCUGGGCGGAGUCCAAACGAUCGGCACCUGUAACAAUUUGUAAGGAGCAGAGCUUCGGAUGUCGAUUUUAUACGCAACUUUCUACCGUUGAACUUAUGUCUAUUUCCAAUAGUUGAUGAGCGAACUAACGAGAGUUUGUUGAAAUGAAAAAAAGGGAAAAUAAAGUUAUGUCUUUUCACA